ACCAACAACCUCUUAUUGAAAUUAAAAUGAGCUCCUAUUUUGUCAACUCACUCUUCUCCAAAUACAAAACCGGCGACUCCCUGCGCCCCAAUUACUAUGACUGUGGGUUCGCUCAGGAUCUCGGGGGCAGACCCACCGUGGUCUACGGCCCCAGCGCGGGGGGCACCUUCCAGCACCCGCCCCAAAUCCAGGAGUUCUACCACGGCGCCUCGUCGCUCUCCAGCUCCCCGUACCAGCAGAACCCGUGCGCCGUGGCGUGCCACGCCGGGGAACCGGGCAACUUCUACGGCUACGAGCCGCUGCAGCGGCAGAGCCUCUUCGGCGGCCAGGAGCCCGAGCUGCUGCCCUACGCCGACUGCAAGCUCGCCGGGGGCGGCCUCGAGGAGGCGGAGAGCUCGGAGCAGAGCCCUUCUCCCACCCAGCUCUUCCCCUGGAUGCGACCGCAAGCAGCCGCCGGACGCAGGAGGGGGAGGCAAACCUACAGCCGCUACCAGACGCUGGAACUGGAGAAGGAAUUUCUAUUUAAUCCCUACCUGACCCGCAAACGGAGGAUCGAGGUCUCGCAUGCCCUGGGAUUGACAGAGAGGCAGGUCAAAAUCUGGUUCCAGAACAGGAGGAUGAAAUGGAAAAAGGAGAACAACAAAGACAAGUUUCCCAGCAGCAAAUGCGAGCAGGAAGAACUGGAAAAACAGAAAAUGGAAAGAGCCCAGGAGGUGGACGAGGAAGGGGAAGCACAGAAGGCGGACAAGAAAUAAAGGGAAUUUUGAGGACUGAAAGGCAAGCGCUGCUGGGCUGGAGGAGCCCCCGAGCCCCGCGUUAAUGAGAGUUGGUGUGAGGGAGGGGUGGGGGUGGUGGUGGGGAGGGGGGGGACACACGACAAAAACAACAAACCAGGAAAACAAAGCGUAGAAAAGAGAAAAAGGGGAAGCAGGGAAAAAAAAAAAAAGAAAAAAAAACCACAAAAAAAAUCCCUUUUAUUGCUGUAAAACAAUAUAGCUGUAAGCGCCACUUUCCCGAUUAUCCUUUGACACAAUGAGCAGAGCGCGGGAGGCUCCGGGAGCUCUCGGCUGCCUUUUGCCAGUUAUUAACUAGCGGUAGUGUAACGCAAUAGCUUCUGUAAAACAUGACUGUGAAAUUCUCUUCUCUCUCUCUGUCUUUCUCUCUGUCUCUCUCUUCUUUCCGGGGCCGUGGGGGGUGGGUGGUUAAAUAGCUUUCAGCGCUAGAGGAGUUCUGUGAGAUUACAUUUGUGCACUUUUUUAGUUUUCAAUUAUUUUAAUUUUUUUAAAUUUGGAUUUUUAGUUCGUUAUUUCCCAUCCUUUUUUUUUAUUAUUAUUUUGUUGUUGUUGUCGUCGUUGUUGUUAUUGUGGUUUAUCUGUAUGUACUGGAGGUAGCUAUUGAGACAAACAUCCCAACAACAUGAAACUGCCUAUUUAUGCUAUAGUUAUCUCUCUCUUCACUUUCCCCUCCUCUUCUUUGCCUUGGUUAGGGUGUUUUAUUUUUUCCUUUUUUUUUUUUUUAACACAAUUUUUCAAUGUCUCUUCCAUAAGGAAAAAAAAAAAAAAAAAGGGAAAAAAGAAAAAAAAAAAAAAAAAAAGGCGUUUUUCUCUCCUUUAGUUAGCAUGCGCACAGUGAAGCAAGUUGUAAAGUGAUCUUUAGGUUAACUGUGAAAAAGAAUGUAUACUGUAUACGUGAAUUACUUUAUUGGGGGAACUAAUGCUAUAUUUUGUUGUUCUUUCACCACUUUGUUCUAUUGUCUAAACCUGGAAGCGGCGGAAGAAAAGUUACAAUAAAGUUUACAAGCGAGAA